AGUGACAAAAUCUACAGGGAUGAUAUAACUAAGGUUUUCCAUAUUGGGAAACGAAAGUCUCACUGCUACCCCUUUCAUCAAUCUAUAAGGAGGUGAGGGAGGCGAUUUUCCAAAGUAAGCACAAUUGCCCCUUUCGUGGUAGAAUUUUAUCAUAUGUUUUAUGAAACUUGCAGUAUACUAUUUCCCGAUGUUUCUCCAAAUAUUUAAGUUAAGAAGCUUCCAGAAAUUCAAUUUGGCUCCGGGUGCGUAUGCUCCCUCUACCAAGAAAAUAUAUUUUGAAGUGUCGAAUUUUUUUGAUAAUAAUUUCUACAUGUACAUAUCCACAAUAUAUGGGAGUUCGUCAAGUUUCGAGAAAAACUGAUAUUUUUUGUGGUCUAUAUAAAAAGGAGAAAAUUUAUGUUGUGACAAGUCCUAUUUUUAGCACCGAAUUUUGUUUUUUUACACACGUCACAAGAUAAGUCGAAUUUUCAUGAAACAACUUUGUAGAUGUGUAGCACGUGAAGAAGUAUGUGCAAAUUUUUUAAUAUUUCAAAAUAUAUCUAAGAUGUAUUUCAAAAUAAAGGGAUCAUACGAUCCCAUGUGCCAAAACACCACUCCCAGAGGCUUCAACUUUUAAUCCUCUUCAUGGUUCUUUUUUUUUUUGCUAGUGUUAUUUAAAGUAGUCCACCAUGACAAAGUGUUCUUUUUCCAAAAGUUUGGCGAACGGAUAGAGACAUCGAAACUGCCCAGUAAGCGAACUGGAAGCUUCAUCUUAACAAAUCAAUCAUUGUUCAUGCAUGGCCGUUGACGCGUGGACGACUUCUCGUGCUAUCAUAUGCUGAACUACUUCCACCGGCCGCCGGAAGCAGAUCAGCGAAGUAGUUCAGCAUAUGAUAGCGCGAGAAGCAGAUUAGAGGCCACACCUACUAGACGUACCAAACCACAAAGAGGAUGGCCGAGCCGACGUCGCUCCCCAGAAUUGCCAUGAUCCUUUUUUUUCGAUAAAGGGAAUAUAUUAAUAUCGAGAGAUACCAAUUACACCCAGCCUCUGCAACAACGCACCACCCUAAUGGCACUACGGAUGCAUACAACCAAAAAAAAGGAAAAGAAAACUAGCGACAUGUUACUUCUCUUCCACCGGAGUUCAUCGGCACCAGCGCCGGCGAGCACCCUCUGCAUCCCCCGUGAGUGGGACGCGCUCCUCGACUUCAAGGCCGGCCUCACCGACCCCGGCAACUUCCUCUCGUCGUGGCAAGGGGCGGACUGCUGCCAGUGGAAGGGCGUCGAAUGCAGCAACGGGACCGGCAACGUCGUGACACUCCAAGUCAGGACCCCAUGGAACAGUCCGGAGCUCAUAGGAGGUGAGAUUCGCCCAUCCUUGCUCACUUUACAGCAUCUCGACUGGCUGGACCUCUCGGAGAAUGACUUUGGUGGCAAACCCAUCCCAAAGUUCAUCGGCGACCUACGCAGCCUCACGAAUCUCGUCCUUUCUGACUCCAAUUUCGGCGGUCAGAUUCCUCCCCACCUUGGGAACCUCUCGAACCUAGUCAACCUCCAUAUCACCGACAAUAAUGAUUUAACUGUGCCACAAACAUAUCAGCUCAUCUCGCCUGAUCUCGCAUGGGUGUCGCGUCUAUGGAAGCUCCAGCUCCUCGGUUUGGCUGGGGUGGAUCUCAGUGCUGCCGUCGACUGGGCUCAUUCUCUCAGCAUGCUGCCCUCUCUAAAAGACCUUUAUUUAAGCUUUUGUGGGCUACGGAACACGAUGCCUCCCCCAGCACAUUCCAACCUCAUAUCGCUUGAAUCCAUCUCCAUGAGUCGGAACCCCUUCAACCAAUCUUUUAGUGCCAUCAAUUUUGUUUGGAAUCUGCCUCUGCCUAGCCUCCAAGCGCUAUCGAUGAUGCACUGCGGUUUCCAUAGUUCUAUCCCGGACGCAGUAGGGAACUUGACCUCCCUUGAAUACUUGUAUCUCGAUGGAAACCACAUCACUGGCAUUGACGCAUUUCCGUUGACCUUCAAGAAAGUGAAGAACCUAAAGGGGCUCAGCUUAACAGAGAACUUCAUCAACAUGGACGUAGGGAAGAUGCUGGAUCGGUUGCCAUCAGAUGAAUUGGAGAUGUUGUCUUUGGACAACAACAAUUUGACAUGGUCCUUACCAAGUCGUCUAGGGCAAUUUAGGAGCUUGACACGGGUUAUGCUCAGAAACAAUAAGCUUUCCGGAGAGAUACCACUUGGUAUACGGGAACUCAUAAAGUUGAGAGGCUUAUGGCUAAGCUCUAACAACUUACAUGGUACAAUCACUGAGCAGCACUUCCCGUUUGCUGGCCAGCUGGAGGUUUUGGAUAUCAGUUCUAACCAGCUUGUUGGCCCGAUUCCAACAUUUCCACCGAGCCUAACAUCCUUGGAUCUGUCUAGAAACAAUCUAUCAGGCACACUCCCAUCAGUGAUUGGAAAAUCAAUGCUACAAGUUGGCAUCCUCUUCAGCAAUUCCUUGUCUGGAACUAUUCCAUGCUCCUUGCUUCAGUUGCAACAAUUGAUGUUUCUGGAUCUGUCAAAAAACCAGCUGAGUGGUACAUUGCCCAAUUGCCCUCAAGAAUUUGAAACCUCAAAUAUUACCCUCCUUAAUUUGAACAGCAACAGAUUUUCUGGAGCAUUCCCUAUUUUUCUUCAGAGUUGUAGAGAGCUGAAAUUUCUUGAUCUGGCAUACAAUAGAUUUUCUGGGAGUUUGCCAACAUGGAUUCAAUCAAAGUUACCACAGUUGGCACUUUUGCAGUUGCGUUCAAACAAGUUCUCUGGUGGCAUCCCUGAUCAACUAACUAGAAUGAAGGCGCUUCAAUAUUUAGACAUUGCAAUGAAUAACAUGUCAGGGAACAUACCACAAUCAAUUGGGAAUCUCACAGCUAUGACUCUUACUCCCAAUAAUAGUGGUUCCCUUUCCCAAGUUGUCAAUUUUGGAAUCAGCACUAUGUUCGAGAAAACUACUGCUUAUACUGAUAGUGUACUUGUGGGCAUAAAAGGUCAGCAGCUUGAGUAUACCAGAGGAAUCAUAUACAUGGUAUCAAUUGAUUUGUCUUGCAACAGUUUAACAGGGCAGAUUCCUCAAGAAAUUGGCAUGCUGGUUGCAUUGAAGAACUUAAACUUGUCCGGGAAUAGUCUGAGUGACAUAAUUCCCCAAAGUAUUGGUGAGCUACGUGAAUUGGAAUCUUUUGACCUCUCACACAAUCGGCUCCGCGGAGAAAUUCCUGGGGGUUUAUCAGCUCUAUCAGCAUUGACCCGAUUGAACUUGUCAUAUAACAAUCUGACAGGAACUAUACCAUCUGGUAAUCAAUUAAGAACUCUAGAUGAUCAAGCGUCUAUUUACAUUGGCAAUCCUGGUUUAUGUGGUCCAUCUCUCAGAAGAAAUUGCUCAGGAACUGAUAUGACUCCACUCGCCCCUGAAGAACAUGAAGGCAUGCACGAUGUGGUUUCCCUUUACCUCAGCAUGUGCAUAGGAUUUGUGGUAGGGCUAUGGAUUGUCUUCUGUGGCUUUUUAUUCAAAAGGAAAUGGAGAGUUAUGUUUUUCUUAUUUUCGGACCACAUGUAUGAUUGGGUUUACAUGCAAGUGGCCGUGGGCUGGACUUCAUUGGCAAGAAAAAUGAGUGGCGGAUGAGAUAACACUCGAGCUUCUAUCUUGGUAACUAUGCUAUGCUAUGCUAUGCGAAAGAAUAGAAUUUAUAAUUCUCGUUAUGUGCCCACUAUUUUCUUUGCUGUGUAACGUACCAUGCUAAACUGUGACACUUCAUAUUUUUUAAAAUGUGUAUGUAUACACACACAUGUAACCUGUGUUGUAGAUGUAGUAACUUACAGCUCUGCUAAGCUCCAGUAUGAAUUCACACAAGUACUUCCGUCCCGUACUAACUUGUAAGAAAUUCUAUUGUAACCUACUAUCAAGGUGUUCCUCGCCUAUAA